GCUUCUGUAGAGGAGCUUGACGUUUCAAACAACCACAACCUGCCUUUUACACAUUUGACUGAUUCAGACCUCUUCAAGCACUUGACAGCUCUGAAAAUAUUAAGAAUGUAUGGAACCACAAAUGUAUUGAAUGCAACAAAUGGCUAUCCGAAUAAGCUGUGGUCUAAUGUGCGCACACUGGAAGAAAUCUGGAUAGAUGGUCUACCAUUUGCAGUGUUUGGAGAAGAGUUUAAACGAAUGCCAAACUUGAAAACUAUCCGCAUUACUGGCGAUUUAAUAGAUCCACCGGGGCAGGCUUAUAACUAUUGUAAUAUCGUUCAUAUUAACAAUGAGAUGCUUAAAAAUUUAGAACAUGUCUCGAACCUUUCCAUAGUUCAUUGCAAUGUUCAUUCAAUCUCCGAUCUGGCAUUUGAUGGCGUCAAAAAUCUAAGCGUUUUGGACCUUUCGUGUAAUUUAGAAUUAGGCUUUGUCAACGCGUCAAUGGGUUUUGGUCACCUAAAUAGCGGCCUAAAAAUGCUCGUAUUAAACAAUAUUAAUAAACAAUAUUAUGUAAUUAUAAAUGAAAGUUUCGCAAAGAGCCUGCAAAAUACAUCUCUUACUCAUCUAUACAUAGAAGGCAACAAUAUUUUCCGGUUUCACGAGAACGCGUUUAUCAACUUACCAAUAAGUUUAAAGAAAUUGUAUGCUGGCAACAAUAGAUUUGACAUGGAUUAUUACCUUAUUCAUCUAAAUAACUUAACAAAUUUGGAAUUAUUAGACCUAUCGUUAAACAAACUAACGUUCUAUGACAAUAACGCAAACCAUGAUUUAACAGACACCUGUUUAUCGCAUUUAACUGAAAGACCCAAAAAAUUAAAGAGCCGCAUUUCCACGCACAAACACACAAAUGCAGCUUUUAUUAUAUCAAGCUGCCUUAAUCAAGUUCAGGUUGAGAUACCCGCUGCUUUGCCACCUAAACUUGAAACACUUGAUGUUCAUUCUAGUAACAUGGGCCUAGCCGUAUACGGAUACAUGCCAAAUAAUAAUUCUUUAAAAACUGUUUAUGCCUCAAACGCUCUAUUAAACAGUUGGCCGAAUCGAUUGCCUGACUCUAUAUCCCUUGCACAUCUUGACUUGAGUUCCAAUCUUUGUUCCGAUGUUCAUCAAGAUUUACUUAAAGGUCUUCCUUUUCUUGAGUUUCUAGAUCUGUCUGGAAAUUAUCUUAGCCUUGUGAUGACAAAGUAUGGUGAUUUAUUUGAAAACAACAUACAGCUUAAACAUCUGGAUAUAUCAAAAAAUGAACUUACGGAAUUAAAUAAUACUCUUUUUAAAAAUCAGAUCAAUAUGACGUUCUUGAACCUGUCACAAAACAAACUUAAAUCGUUCAGCAUUUAUGCAGAUAACUUAACAAAACUUAAAGUGAUAAAUCUUUCACAAAAUUGCUUUUUAACUUUGACGGAUUUUAAACAGAUUUUACACGUUAUUAGAAACCAUUUUGAAAACAGAAACGAAACUGUUGUUGAUCUGAGAAACAAUGAUUUUCUGUGUUCAUGUGACGCUGAUGACGUAGCAUUCAUGAACAGUGUGGCUGAGGACGUUCGAAGUCAUCGGUAUUUACUACAGUUUACAUGCAAUCAAAACGAAGAAGUCAGGAAUCCCUCCGAUUUUGAAUCAUUCAAACACAAUUUUGAUAAGAACUGUAGAACCAUGAUUGUUCCGAUUGUAGUUGGUGUGGUGUUCGUGUUUAUUUUGUUAAUUAUAACCGUCGCUACGUUGGUGUAUAAAUUUAGAUGGAAAAUAAAAUACUGGUUUUACGUUCGAAAUAGUAAACGGCGAAUGCGAAAUGGAUAUACCGUCAUUCCAAAUUCCAAUGAUUGGUCGUAUAAAUAUGACGUAUACUUGGCGUAUUCUUACGAGGUACAGGAAUUCAUCAUAGACACUGUUUUAACCAAACUGAGUGAACUCGGGUACAAAGCGUUCAGUCAAGAAGACAUUAUUCCCGGUGUGAACCUCUGUAGUGUUAUUGGGAACGCAAUCCACGUCAGCAGAUGUGUUGUGUUUGUUGUUAGUUCAAAUUGCGAGGACUCGAAUGAAUGGUGUAUUGCGGUCCAUAUGGCAAACGAAGAAGCAAUCCAAAGAGGGAAACACAUCACUUUGGCAAUAUUAUAUGAUUAUAACUGUCUUGAUGGGAUACCGGGUGCAGACCAGUUAAUACACCAAGACUAUUUCAUAGAUUUCCCUCGUCAUGGCAGUGACCAUGAGGCAACCGCGUUCUGGACUGACUUUGAAAAUAAACUGAUAUCUAUCGAUAACACUGCGAUAGAAAAUCAAUGACUUACCUAGCAAGGAAUAAUGAACGCUCUUGAAGCAAGUUUUUACCGUACGUGUAAAAAUUUCCGACAGUGUUUGUAUUACUGGUGUCAUGCUAUGUUAGGGCAAAAAGAGUGUGAACUACAUGUACUUCCUUGUUUGACAAUACGUGACACGUCUAAUGAGAUCACUUUUUCCUUAAUUUUCUUAUUGCGUACCAAAAGCUAAAAAGGACCGAUAACCGAAAACGUGUACAAUUCAUUUACAUUCGAUCAAUCAUAUAAAAUGUGCAUAGAAUGUAUUGCAGAAAAACAUUUCCGCGAAUACCGUAUAUUUCUAUUUUUUUCUAAUAAGCCUAAAUAAAACAAAGUGGUUACAAGCUUUGUUUACAAGCAUUAAGUCAAACUUGGCUGGGUAUUCCCGUAAACGAGUGCACAUCCGCACAAAUUUAACAUGUGGGAGGCCUGCUGUGGGCCUAGCAUUUCUUUGUAAUUUAUAAAACCGACAGCGCAAAACUAUUUCCCAUAGUUAUCAGUUAUUUCCAUGUCAAUAUUGUGUUCAAAUCCGCUGUUUUAACCUAUUAUACUUCAAUUUAAGUUAUAUGCAAAGUGGUCGAAGACAAAUAUUUUUUAAACGAUUGAUGGUUACUUGUUUGCACAAAUUUAACCUUUCAAACGCUUAUUUUUAUUUAAUUUGCAUUCCGUUAAUUUGAAUCAUUUUCAAUUAUAAAUCUUACACUAUCUCGGAAAUAUCACAUUCGGUUAUUGGUGCUACAUAUGAUUCGACAAUGAUGGCGUUAAGGUAGCGCACCUCUAAUGAUUUCCCGCGAUUUCUUCGAAGGUUGAAGAGCCUACUAUUAGGUGCCGUAGCCUAGUGGUUAAGGCGAUAGACUAUAAAUCUUUUGGGAUAUUCCCGCGCAGGUUCGAAUCCUGCCGACGACGUAUACUUUUUUGCGACGAGUUUUAUUUAUUUUCUAACGUAAUUUGACUUAAUAUGGCAUAUAAGCUAUAUUUAUUGUUAAAUAUGUUGCAAUUUUUAUGCACAUUCUUCAAUUAUUUAAAUUAAAACAACGUUAUGGCGAAAUUGGUUGAUUUACUGUUGAAAAUACGAACCAUGCAUGUUGCAUUUUUAUUUUUAUUUCAAAAAGUAAACGGUAAAUCUGUCUAUUUCUUGGUAUUUUUGCUGUAUAUAGUGUUUCUAUAAAAACUAAGUUUAAAAUAUGACUUAAAUGAUACUAUUUUGAAUUUUAUGACACUUUGAUUUUAACCGACCCAAUUUUUACUUGGCUGAAAUCACUUACAUUUCAUGGCGCUCUUUCAUAGAUAAAAAUUUGUAAAAAAUAAAUGUCUGUAAAAGAAUACUUAUUUCAUCUUGUUUAAACUUUAAACACCUUUACAGCAUCUGUACACACCAACUGCAUGCCCAUAUUUGGAAAUUUGAAUGAAUUAUGGAACUUUUAUAUACCCCAGGGGUGAAAAUAAACUGGACAAAAGCCGAGCGUGGGGGGUGGUUUUGAAAAAAAUCGGUAUAUUUUUUUUAAAAGCAUGGAAAGCCUACCUACAAAUUUGCAUGUAGUUCAGUGAAAUGAUGCUGAUUAAGAAAAUAAUAAAUUAGAUUAUAUUUGGAUAUGUGCCCAUUAGAGGUGCGCUACCUUAAUUUGUACCUUUAUGUCGAGCCUCUAUGAAAUAUCAACUCAUCAACAAUAUCCGGGAAGUUGAUGAACUCGAAAGAAGAAGUACUAAAGCUGAUGCAACUGCAGCAUUGUAAACAUGCGUAUAAAGAAUGUUAGGAAGUUUAAUAUGGUAAUAUCAUUCCAUAAUUGGCCCUCGACAAGUACGGUUUAUUUCCGCUAUCAGUAAGCCUUUAAUAGAAUGCAUAAUGCGUAUAAUAUUAACAUCAUAUAUACAUGUACAUAUAAUGUCAACUGGUAUCUGAUCUUCAAUGAUUGACGCGUCUCCAGUAUUAAACACUUUUAGAAAAAAAAAAUACAGUCUUUGGAAUUAAAAUAUGAUAACAUAACAUAAAACGUUUUCGACAGAGAAUUAACACCACAUUUCAACUUAUUUUUAAAGUGUAUACAUGUAAUUGCAAAUCGAGUUAUAUUUCCCUAAUUGUAUCUCAAUACACGCUUUUAUAAUGCCUGACUUAAGUAAACAAUUAACAUGUAUCUUUACAGCAUUCGACAAACAAAGAGGCCUAAUACAGUUUUGGUUCCUAAUGUUGUUGUUGUUUUUUUAAUGAUAUUGUUACAAACUAACUUUGUAUAUGCAUGUACAUUAUUGACCACUUUUGUAUAUUCAAUAUUUUGUUGUGCGUUUAUGUGUCCUAAUUGUCUUAUAUGUUAUGUAAUUUUAAUACACGUCCCUAACACUA